AUGUUAAGUGCUGUACUUUCACUACUGUCUGUAUAUAUUGGAACCAUCUUCGGUAUUGUUGGUGCAACAGUAUUACUGAUAUUAUUCGGAUUUGGUUGGGGUCCGCUGCCACAUCUGUAUGUACGACUUGUAGCAUUUUUGCAAAGUUUCUAUCCGCAUGCUUAUCCACGAGCCGAGGCCACAUGGCCGGCAAUUAUUCGACGAUGUAAUGUAUCGGCGUUGGAGAAACAUCGAAAUGAUUCGUUAUCAUCAUUUAAAUUCAGCUCGCGUCCCGUCACAAACGUGUUUGACGUGUGUUCCGAUGCUAUGAAGGCCGGUUUCGAGGCAAUAGUACAAGAUGAAAUCAGUGUUGCAUUUGACUCAGCACCACCUUUCUAUACGACAUUAUUGGAAUUGCCAGGCCGCCUACCGUUCCCAGACGCACCGAGGAAAAUCUUGAAGCGCCAUUUGUUUGGAUAUUUAGUAUCUGUGCUGUUUCGGUAUUUGUUGCUCUUACCGAUCCGACUGAGUCUAUGCUUAACGUCCUUUAUCUACUGCUCAAUAGCUGUCAUUGUUACACUCUUUUUUUCACUUACAAAACAACAAAAAUUACGGCUCAGCAUCACUUACUGUCGCUUAUUUUGCGCUGGCAUAGGAGUAGUUGCCAAGUACCAUAAUACUCACCACCGGCCAAAGCAACCAGGAAUAGCAGUUUCUAACCAUUUGUCUCCCAAUGACAUUCAAAUCAUAUUUGCUGAUGCUGAUCCAGAAUCGGACUACGGCUAUACUGUUACUGGGCAAAAACACAAUGGUAUUAUUUGGGCAAUAGAAUCCUUGGUCGAGAACCUUUGUCCAGCAUUAUGGCUAGAAAGGGGCAGCGCUGAAGACAGAGCGCGAUUUAUGGCUGAAGUAAUCCGGGAAGGACGCAGAGACGGACCUGUAUUGCUUUUUCCCGAAGGAUAUUGCACGAAUAACACCAGAGUAUUACAGUUCAGAAGAGCUGUCUUUGAAAAUGGAAUUACGAUCUAUCCUAUAGCUAUAAGGCAAACACCUCGCUUUGGAGACUCUUUUUGGAGUGAGGAUCACUUUUGGGAGUAUCUUCUCCGCGUAUUUACCUCUUGGGCCAUAGUGUAUGACGUCUAUUACUUACCACCCAUGAAAAUGUUGCAAGAUGAGACUUCCCACGACUUUGCAACUCGCGUACAAAAGGAGAUUGCAAAAUGUGCCAAUGCAGAAGCUAUUGACUUCGACGGCCGCUUAUGGUAUAAGAAAUAUGAGUGCGAAAGAAUGAAGGCUGUACAAGUAAGUAAUUUGGCGAAUCGUAUUGAGAAAUUGAUGGAGACUUCAAGCAGCGAAGCAGACUCCUUAAAUUGA